UUCGCACUUGAACCUUAGAUACAGUACAACGACUGAGCGCUCUCAGCGUCACGCAGUGGACACGCAGGAAGUGACAGUGAGCUUCAUAAUACGUCGUUUGCGCUUGUCGAUUGGUCGUGAGGUCACCGCCAUCCGUUCCACGAAUCCGGAUCCAGUUGCUGUAUGUCAGGUGCCUUACAGUGCCGACCCUCCGUCCUCCCUCCGCGGCACAAACAUGGCACUGAGCCCUGUGGAAAAGCUUCAGGUGUGGCUGUUCAAGGCGCUCACAGGAGCUCUCUUUGCGCUUUUCCGGCUCUUGUCUCCUCGGAGAUCCGCCGUGUCCGGGAAGAAGCUCCCGCCCGUCAGCAACCCGCUGCUGGUCAUGUCAGCGAUGCAGCUGGCCAAGAAGAUCCGGAGAAAGGAGGUGUCGAGUGUGGAGGUGGUGCAGGCUUACAUUGACAGGAUCCAGGAGGUCAACCCUCUUCUUAACGCUGUUGUAAAAGACAGGUUUGAAGCUGCCCUCCAGGAGGCCGCCCAGGCCGACAAGUUAAUUGAGGAGGAAAAUGGUGGAGAGGAGGUGCUGGAGGACCGACUCCCUUUACUCGGAGUGCCGCUCUCCGUCAAAGAGUCCUUCGCCCUCCAAGGCAUGCCCUUCACUACAGGUGUGGUCUCCCGGCGAGGAAUCGUGUCCACUGUCGACGCGCCGCCUGUGGCCCUGCUGAAGAGAGCGGGCGCCAUCCCGCUGGGCGUCACCAACACCCCUGAGCUGUGCAUGUGGUUAGAGUCCCACAACCACCUCUACGGCAUCACCAACAACCCCUACGACCUGGAGAGGAUAGCAGGAGGAAGUUCAGGAGGGGAGGCUAGUAUACUGGCAGCAGCGGGCGCGGUUAUCGGCAUCGGCUCAGACAUCGGAGGCAGCAUCCGUAUGCCCUGUUUCUUCAACGGAAUAUUUGGCCAUAAAACCACUCCUGGUGUCAUAUCCAUUGAGAACGAGUAUCCUCCCUGCUCUGGCAGACAGGAAGAGUACCUCAGCAAUGGUCCCAUGUGCCGCUACGCCGAGGACCUGCUGCCCAUGCUCAAGAUCAUGGUGGGACCCAACGCUCAGAUGUUGUCCUUAGACACAAAGGUUGAUUUAAAGAAGCUGCGGUUUUUCACUAUCCCCCACAACGGUGAGUCUGUUGUGACGUACCCCGUCAGCAAAGAGCUCAUCGAGAUUCAGAGAAAGGUGGUGGAGCGUCUGGAGGCCGACCUGGGAGUCAAAGUCCAAGAAGUGCGUCUCCCCGAACUCCGUUAUGGCUUCCAGAUCUGGGACACCUACAUGGGUCUUCCCGACAAGGAGGGCAAACCUCCUCAGCCUUUUGGAGAGCUGAUGGGGGAACCAGGACAACCGGCCUGGCCUCUGUGGGAGCUGCUGAAAUGGAUGGUUGGAAAAUCUGAUCACACCAUAGCUGUAAUUGGUCUGGGACUGUUUGAGGAGUUCAACCCAUCCAAGCCGUCAAACUUCAUCAUCCAGCAGAAAGAGAAGCUGCAGAAGGAGUUGGAGGAGCUGCUGGGGACCGACGGCGUGUUUCUUUACCCGUCGUACCCCAGAGUGGCUCCCAAACACCACCACCCACUCUUCAGACCCUUUGACUUUGCCUACACAGGUGUAAUCAACAUUCUCGGACUGCCGGUCACCCAGUGCCCUCUGGGUCUGAACGAGGAAGGCCUGCCCUUGGGCGUGCAGGUCGGUGCUGGGAAGCUGCAGGACCACCUUACCCUCGAGGUGGCUCUUUACCUGGAGAAGGCCUUUGGAGGCUGGAGGGACCCUGGAGCCAAAUAAAACCUCAUAAGCUAACAGCCUUUUCUGUCAGCUUAGAGACUGUCAGACUGACAGAUGGCCUCGCUGCUUGCUGUUGUACACAAAUACCAAGAGGUACAAUCUUUAGAUCAUUGAAUGUUCAAGUGGAAGAGUUUGAUUUUUGAACUAAUGCAGGAAUCAGGUGACCUCGUGCACAAGUGAUGACUUUUGUCCUGUUCAGUGACUGUUACAUCAUGAGCACAAGCUUUAAAAAGGAUUGGUUUUUUUGUUAGAUUAGAGGAAAUAUCUUAAAUGAAGCACUCACAUUAUCACACAAAACAAGGCUUUAGUGCUGUUCAUACCCACGUUUUUUACAGCACUUGUACAAUUAA